UUCAAUCUCAUGUCCAAUACCUGCCCCUUGGAUCAAAGACCAUACUCUGGGAAUUCUGUCUCCACUGUAACCCACAAGAAAGUGACCUGAGCUUCCAGGUGGUCAGGCCGGUUGAGCAGUUCCUCCCUUCCCAGGUCUUCUCACUGGAAGAGGCUAUGGAGACAGCAGAUAGGAACCACCUCUUUCUAGUCUUCACCUUUUUGGCAGUGACAGCAAUAACAGCAACAAACGUAACACCAAUGCCAGCACAAAAAAAAUUAGCUCAGCAAUUCAAUCAGUUGAGCAUCAAAACUGCACCAACUUUUUUUAUUUUCCUGAAGUCAGAACAUGAGUCUUGUUUGGGGACCCUGAUCCACCAUCAAUGGGCUCUCACUGCAGCCCACUGCUUCUUGCCAUUUCUUGAGAUAGAUAUUGCUGCUUCAAGUGAUGAGGGUUUCUUAAAAACUGGGGGGAACUUAAGAGCCAUGCUUACUGUCCAACACCCAAAUUUCACCCGGGAUUCUUCUGAGCAUGACCUCAUGCUUGUCAAGUUGACACAGCCCCUAAAGCCCAAUGACGAGGUGAAGCUGGUCGAUCUGCCCAGUACCAUGGAGGACAGAAGAGAGGACACGUGCACUAUUUCUGGCUGGGGGUGGGCCUGGAAGAAUUUCGAGACAGAUCCUGAUAUCGAGGUAAACCAGACUGUCUUUUGGUUCUCUAAUGAAAACUGCCAAGAGUCUCCAAUAAGGAAAUUUCCUGUCAAAAUCACAGAGAACAUGUUCUGUGCGGGGUCAUCUCUGGAGAGCACACACUCCUGUAAGGAAAUAGAUGCUGCCCCAAUCCUGUGCCAAAACCAGCUCCAAGGGAUCCUCUCCUGGGCAGAGGGGUGCAUUCUGAGAGGUGAUAUUGGCUACUACACCAAGGUUUCCCACUACACAGACUGGAUUCUCAGGGUCAUCCGUACCAACUGAGCUCUCUGUAGUCCCUCUCCCUCUAACCUCAGAACAAGAUGGGAACUUGGCUGCAAGAAGUUUUCUGUUCCUUCCGUUCUCUUGACUUCUCUUGUCCUUUCUCAGUCCCAGCUUGAAUGAUUAUCAAAGAACUUGAGCUGGAUACUAUUCUCAUAAACGGGAUAACUUCUCACUACUCCCUUCCUCUCCUCCAACUUCCUACUUACCUGCCGUGGUUUCCCCAGACUUUUCUGGAGCUGUUCUCCACCCACCGCCCUUCAGACGACAUGUAGGCCCCAGGAAUGUGACAGUGAGAUUGUGGGCAGCUCGGUGGUGCCUCCUUUUGUCUGACAUCAUUAGUGUUAGUCAGGGUCUGUGCCUCUCACCCCAUCGUAUCUAGUAAGGCUGCAGUAAAUGCAGGAUGUUAAAUAGGCUGUUAGAAACAUAAUUAUUAAAAACAGAGGCUAUCAUUUUAUGAAAGCAACAAGUAUAAGGGUUUCAAAAAGGUUAAGAGUUGAGGGAAUGGGGAGAGGAGUUAAAUGGGUCAGACCACCAACAGGAAAGGAGGGAUCAUCUGAGAGACCUUUCUAAAUGCUAAGCACAGAGAAAUCUAAGGUGGCCGGAAUGAGAUUACCAGAAAAACAGGGAAAUACUGAAACUUACAUGACUAUAAUUGUGUCCCUGUGUGUGUGUGUAAGUGGGAAAAUAUACAUUUGUGUGUAUAGAUUGGAAGGGGUUGUGCACAGAAUGAGCCAUUGUUUUAGGGCAGGGAAAUAUUGGCCUGGUUUGUGAAAGAUGGAUAAAAGAGGUGGUUGGGAGUGUGGGCAUGUUUUUUUUUCUUAAAAAAAUUUUUUUUAUUGAUUUCAGAGAGGAAGGGAGAGGGAGAGAGAGAGAGAGAAACAUCAAUGAUGAA